GCUUGUAUGAAAAUUUAAAUGAAAAUGAUCCUGUAAGAUUUUCUGAUAUGAACAAGAAAUUUACAUUUGAACAAAAGCAGUAUAUUUUAAAAUUAGGACCUUGCCAACCAAGUGCUCAAGAGAUGCCUUUCCAUAAAUUUCCAAAAACCAAUAACCUUAGUUUUCAUGCCAAAUGGUAUACCAAAACAUUACCCGAUGGAUCUGUAGGAACUCGUAAAUGGUUGUCAUAUUCUAUAUCAAAAGACAAAAUAUAUUGCUUAUAUUGUAUAUUAUUUGGGAAAUAUCCUAAAAAAGCAUGGACUAAUUAUGGUGUUUCUCGCUGGAAAGAUGGAGUCUUUAUGUUAGCUUCACACGAAACUUCAGUAACACACAUUGCCGCUUCAAUUGAUGCAACAAUUCAGGAACAGUGUUCCCCGUUGUUACCAGCAUUGAAAGAGAAAAAAAAAAUUGAAGUUCAAACCAAUAGGAUUAUUGUAAAACAACUCGUGGACAUAACAUUAUUUUUAGGAAAACAUGGAUUAGCAUUUAGGGGACACAACGAAAAAUGGUCUGAUGCUGUUAGAGGAAACUUCAAAGAUCUCGUUAUUUUGCUAGCCGAGUAUUCGCCAGUUUUGUCCUCAUAUAUAACCCAAUUAAAAGAAAAAGGAAAACAUAUGACAUCUUUUAUUACUUGGCAACGACAGAACCAACUUAUUGAUUCAAUCUCAAAUUCAAUUUUAAAAUCAAUUGUACAAGAAGUGAAUACUGCUAGAAUAUUUAGUAUAUCAAUAGAUACAACAUUCGAUAUAUCAAGGCAUGAACAAGUAUCUUUUGUAAUUCGAUAUACCGAUGAAAGCAAAGGUAAAAUUGUUGAACGUUUACUUAUGAUCUGUACUACUUCAUCCACUAAUAGUCAGACCCUUUAUAGUAUUUUUCUUAAUAUUUUUGAGAAAACCAAUAUUGAUUGGAAAAAUAAUUUGAUAGGUCAAUCCUAUGACGGCGCAGCUAAUAUGCGAGGCGAAUACAACGGUCUACAAGCAAAAAUUAAAAGUGAAAAUAAUCAAGCUAUUUAUAUCUGGUGUUGGGCACAUCGUUUAAAUUUAAUUGUUGAACAAGGUAUUAAAAGCUGUCUUGAAGCUGUUGAUUUUUUUGGGAUUUUGGCCAAAGUAUAUGAUUUUAUAUGUAGUAGCAAAAAUCGUGUAUUUGUUUUUGAACAAAAUCAAAAAGAACGUAAUCCUACAUGGCCAGUUCGUAGUUUGAAGCGUGUUACUACUACACGAUGGAGUAGUCACUCUACAGCAUUAAAUACAAUUUUAAUCACAUGGGAAGCUUUAAUUGAUACACUUGAAGAUCUUCAUAAAUCUGAAUCUUCAUCUGACGCAUCAACAUUUAUUGAAUAUUUUCAGACUGAACGAUUUUUGUACACUUGUUUUGUAUUUAAAAGAAUAUUUGGUUUAUUAGAUCCAUUAAGUAAAAUACUUCAAGCUAUAGAUACAGAUCUUAUCAUAGCGUCAGAAAUGAUUAUAUCUAAGAAAAAUCAGUUGUUGAAACUGCGAGAUGAAUUUGAUUCAAUUAUUUUUGAGGUAAACAAAUUUAUUGAGGUUCACAGUGAAGAAAAUUUCACUUUUACUCCUUUACCCCAAAAACGUCAUAGGAAGAGAAAACGUAUGCCGGGUGAACAAGCAUCGGAUGAGCCAACAACUGAUCCUCUUAAUAAUUUUAAGUAUCACACAUUUUAUAUUGUAAUUGACAUUAUAAAAAUAAAAACUGAUAAUCAUAAAAUGACAAAUGAUGCAUUUGAAAGUAUAUCUUUAAUUUAUCCAAACUUUUUAAAUGCUGAAUUAUUAAAAACUGAAUUCAUGUGGCUUGUAAAUUGUUUUUCUGAUUUAGAAAAAACUUAUCAUUUACCUGAAAGCCUUCAUAAGACUUAUCUAAUAUCUGAUUAUGGCGACAAUAAUGAUGUUGAAUCUAGUUCUGGAGAUGAAGAAGAAUCUAUAAUAUUACCUAGAAACUCCAUGAAUAUUAGCUCACUAUUAUAUAUAUUUCAGUUGUUUACUGAUUCAAGUAUAAAAGAUGUAUUACCAAAUAUUUAUAUGUUAAUUAAAAUUGGAGUCACAUUGCCAGUUUCAAGUGCUUCUACAGAACGAAGUUUUUCAAAAUUAAAACUAAUUAAAACAAGAUUACGUUCGACAAUGGCAGAGCCAAGAUUAGAAGGAUUGAUGCGCAUAGCAUGUGAACAAGAUAUACCAAUAGACAAAGAAAAUGUAAUAAAUACAUUCGCAAAUAACAGUAAUCAAUUAAUGAAUUUGUUAAUUUAG